AUGUCGGCCAAGAAAGAUGCGGCGGCGAUCAUUGCAUCGGCAUCGCGCCACCGAGCACCGCCGCCCACAUCCUACCAUGACCAUCCGGCCAAAGAUCUCUGGUGCGAGAUGCAAUGGACAAACCUGAGUAUGCAAGCCAAAAUCCUCGAGCUGCCAGAGCUGCCCUACUUUGACCAAGACACCAUGCUGCUGUCCAAGGAGGUCAACCACAAGCUAUGGGAUCAGCUGCAACGGCUGUUUGACUACCUUGGGCCGAAGAAAGCCGUAAAAGCCACCCCCGUCAUGGCAGACAAAGGCGUUGUUAAGUGGCAUUCCUUUCUGAACGAUGAUCGAGGCGAGGAGGCAGAGGUCUACAAUUCCAUCGUGGACAAGUUCAUGAGUGGCGCCAAAGGCCGCGGCGAGUAUUGGAAGGAAUAA